AUGCGUCUGAUGCGUUCGCAAACCCAAAAAAGUGCUGACCGUCGUCGCAGACCUGGUCGAGUCCAAGAGCGCGACUCCGACCAACGACGGCCACGCGCUUCGGUUUCGGCCGAUGAUGACGAGCAAGAAGAUACUAGUAUGCUCAUCGCCGACCAACAACAUGCUCAUCUUGCAGACGAGCGAGUGGCUGAAGCUCGAACGUCAAAAGAGAGCCCCAAACCUUCAAACUUCAAAGAGCCUGAGCCUCUUGAAGAAAAAGGAAAAGAAGAAGACGAUGAUACCACACACGGCAGGAAACAAGGUGCACCAGACGAAAGUGCAAGUGCCCUGGUGGCCAAGGACAACGCAGACUCUGAUGGGAUUGAUGUUGAAGCUGCCCAAAAUGUGUCCAGUGCCAAUCCAUUCCUCAAAAUACCUGCUGUGCCUACGACACGGCAGGAACCCGGUCCAGGCGCACAAAAUGAAACUGCCCUGGACGAAGACAAAGUCAAGGACAAUGCCACUUCUGAAGCGGUUGAUGCUGAGGCUGCGCAAAAUCCAUCUGUCAAACAGUCAGGUGCACCAAGUCAUAGUGCCCUGGUGGAAAAGAACAAGGACAAACGCAGCCUCUGA